GCGCUGGGCGGCCGCCGAGCAGACGCCCGGGCUUCGAGCAGCGAGCUCCGGUCUCCCACCAUGGCCCCCGCUCCGCCCCCAGCCGCCUCCUUCUCGCCCGCCGAGGUCCAGCGGCGCCUGGCGGCCGGCGCCUGUUGGGUCCGCCUCGGGGUCCGCCUCUACGACCUCACUGGCUUCGCGCGGCACCACCCGGGGGGCGAGCAGCUGCUGCGGGCGCGGGCGGGCCAGGACAUCAGCGCAGAUCUGGACGGACCCCCGCACAAGCACUCUGACAACGCGCGCCGCUGGCUGGAGCAGUACUACGUGGGCGAGCUGCGCGGGGACCCGCAGGAUCCCCCGGAGAAAGGGGCUGCCACCUCCACAGAAACUCAGAAGACAGACCCUGCUCUCGAACCAAGGUUCACAGUAGUGGACUGGGACAAGGACCUGGUGGACUGGAAGAAGCCGCUGCUGUGGCAGGUGGGCCACCUGGGAGAGAAGUACGAUGAAUGGGUCCACCAGCCGGUGACCAGGCCCAUCCGCCUCUUUCAGUCAGACCUCAUCGAGGCCUUGUCCAAGACUGUCUGGUACAGCGUCCCCAUCAUCUGGGUGCCCCUGAUGCUGUACCUCAGCUGGUCCUACUACCAAACCCUGGCCCAUGGCAACGUUCGACUCUUCACCUCAUUCACAACAGAGUACUCAGUGGCCGUGCCCGAGUCCGUGUUCCCCGGGCUCUUCAUGCUGGGCAUGUUCCUAUGGAGCCUCAUCGAGUACCUCAUCCAUCGCUUCCUGUUCCACAUGAAGCCGCCCAGCGACAGCUACUACCUCAUCAUGCUGCACUUCGUGAUGCAUGGCCAGCACCACAAGUCACCCUUCGAUGGCUCCCGCCUGGUCUUCCCUCCCGUGCCGGCCUCCCUGGUGAUCGCCUUCUUCUACGUGACCUUGCGUCUCAUCCUGCCUGAGGCGGUGGGGGGCACGUUGUUCGCCGGGGGCCUCCUGGGCUAUGUCCUCUACGACAUGACCCAUUACUACCUACACUUCGGCUCACCCCACAAGGGCUCCUACCUGUACAGCAUGAAGGCCCACCACGUGAAGCAUCACUUUGCACAUCAGAAGUCAGGAUUCGGCAUCAGCACUAAAUUAUGGGAUUACUUUUUCCACACCCUCAUCCCAGAGGAACCCCACCCGAAGACCCAGUGACCACCCUCACCUGCCCCCCAGCGCCUCUCUCCCGACCCCAGCCCUGCUCCCCGCAACGCCGCUCCCUUUACCCCCCCCCAGCCACACUCGGCUGAGAGAGCUGAACUGUGGCCCACCCUGGGGCCUGGUGGAGACCCUGAGGCAGGACCGUCAUCCACCGGGGGUUGGGGGGAAGCACGCUGGUCGUUGGUGGCCCGGAGGCCCCUCAGGGACUGGCUGUUUCUGGGAACCUCUCCUAGGGCUCUCCACCGGCCGCCCGGGGUUGGGGGGGACCAGCCCCCAGGGGAAUGAAGAAAACUGACCCCCAAAACCAGUGCCUCGGCACCUCCAGCAAGCGGGGAUCCCCCUCCACCUUGGCACAGGGCCUGUGUCACCUGGAGCCCCGUCUGCCCUCCCGCCUGCUUGAGGGCCGCUGGCUCUGCGGCUCUGAGGUGGAUGAAGUGUCUCCGGCCAAGAGACACGUGACGCCUCCUGCGCACCGGGACAGCCUCAGCUGUCACCCACACAGUGCCUUCCCACGCUCAGGCUCCUCCUGGAGCCCUGGAGCCACCAGCCCACCAGCCGCCGGCCCUGCCUCCAGAGCCUCGGGGCUGCCCCGCGCCCCCUCGCUCCUGGAGCGGGCUGCAGCCUUCCCCGCCUUGGGGAGGGCCCUAUUUAUCCUCGGCCUUAAUGCCACCGAGUUGGCACAACCGUCCUUUUCUAACCCAGUGUGUUCUGCCUCUGUUAAAAAAAAAAUCGCCCCAUUUCUGUUCCCUUCUUACCUACAAACCACUACUACUUGAAACUUUUUCAACACUCGAUGAGCAGAAAGGCCAAGGAGAAGCAGUCUGGCCGAUCCUGGUGAUUUGUAUACUGUUUACGGUGGAGCUAUUUAAAGAUUUUGGGAUAAAUAUACAAAAGUACAUUUGUGAAAUAAAAAGAAAAUUGUAAAUAAAUUGUAUAUUUUGAAAAAUAAAACAAUG